GAUGACGUCAUGCGUUGACCAGAGUAAAGAUGGCGGACGUGUCGGGGACCGAGCUGUCAAAAGAGAAGGAAAACGAAACUGAGCUAAAGAAAAGACAGAAAAGACCUUGGGAAGAGUUUCACAGGUCGGGAAAAAUCGGGAUAACUCCAGAGCUACCGGAGACGUUGGGAUUUUUCGACAUUAGUGCCGUGAAGAGAGAGCAGCAGGAAAUCUCAGCAGAUCCAUCAUUGACGCGCUUCAUUUGUGCAGAACUCACCAGAGGCUACUUCCUGGAACACAAUGAAGCAAAGUACACAGAGCGCAGGGAGAGGGUAUAUACAUGCAUGCGUAUUCCCAAGGAGCUGGAGAAGCUGAUGAUCUUUGGCUUCUUCCUGUGUGCCGAUGCCUUCUUGUACAUCUUCACCUUGCUGCCCCUUAGAGUGCUGCUGGCUCUGCUUCGCCUCCUCACCCUGCCAUGCUGUGGCUACAGGGCACGCACAUGCCCCUACUGCAAAAGAAGCAGCGGGUCACGACUGCUGCAGCCAGCGCAGGUUUGUGAUAUGCUGAAGGGGCUGAUCCUAGUGCUGUGCUUCUCCAUGAUGCACUACGUGGAUUACUCCAUGAUGUAUCACCUGAUCAGAGGACAGUCCGUCAUCAAGCUCUACAUCAUCUACAACAUGUUGGAGGUUGCAGAUCGCCUCUUCUCAUCUUUUGGUCAAGACAUCCUGGAUGCUCUAUACUGGACGGCCACUGAACCCAAAGAACGCAAAAGAGACAAUAUUGGAGUUAUCCCUCACUUUUUUAUGGCUGUCUUUUAUGUCUUUCUUCAUUCCAUCCUCAUCAUGGUCCAAGCCUCCACUCUGAAUGUUGCCUUCAACUCGCACAACAAGUCUCUGCUUACCAUCAUGAUGUCCAACAAUUUUGUGGAGAUCAAGGGAAGUGUCUUCAAGAAAUUUGAGAAGAACAAUUUAUUCCAAAUGUCUAACAGUGAUAUAAAAGAACGGUUUACCAGCUAUGUUCUCCUCCUCAUCGUCUGUCUCAGGAAUAUGGAGCAGUUUUCAUGGAACCCAGACCACCUGUGGAUGUUGUUCCCUGAUGUCUUUAUGGUCGUCAUGUCUGAAGUUGCUGUUGACAUCAUUAAACAUGCAUUCAUCACAAAGUUCAACGACAUCACAGCAGAUGUGUACAGUGAAUACAGAGCCAGUCUGGCCUUCGAUCUUGUUAGCAGUCGACAAAAGAACGCCUACACUGACUAUAGUGACUCAGUGGCCCGGAGGAUGGGCUUCAUCCCUCUGCCGCUGGCUGUUCUGCUAAUCCGAGUGGUGAUGAGUUCUGUGAAGGUACAGGGAGCUCUGUCAUACACAUGUGUGUUCCUCUUUUAUCUCGGGAUGGUUUCUCUGAAAGUUUUGAACAGUAUCGUGCUACUGGGGAAGUCUUGUGUUUAUGUCAAGCGAGCCAACAUGGAGGACAAACUGUUUGAGAGGCCACCGACCGCUCCGUCCUUCUCUGCUAAGAGUCCCAGCAAAUCUGACCCACGUAGAUGCACUAAAACGUCAGGUGAAUCCAGCAUGGAUCAGAUUCCUGUCACACCUUGCAGCUCUCCAAUCUCCUCUUCAUCCUCUGUGACCACCCAGCCGGCUCCCCGGCCUGACUUGUUUCUCCCUCCACCCAUUGACGCCUCAUCUGCAACAGCAGAGAGCUGUCCUUCGAUCUCAGAACCCCAAUCUGACUCUGAACCACCAACAGCCUCACCUUUACAGAAAGAGGAGGCAGACGAAGCCUCGGAUAUGAACCACAGAGCUCCCAAUAAAGACCUGCUGGAGAUCGACCGCUUCACAAUCUGUGGCAACCGAAUCGACUGACCAGCAGCAGCUGCCGAUGUAGCAAGUAACCCACUCAGGUAUAGCGGAGAACGCAGGCUCUCAGCCAGAUCCUCCAAGCUGAAAGCAGAUUAUUUAUGGGCAAUAUUGGUAAGUUAUUGUUACCAGGGACACAGCGUCAGGCGGUUCUGCUGUGAUCGCCGCCUCAGGUCGAGAAGUUUGACGAAGAACACUUCGGGUGUCUGAUAAACAGCAGGAGACAGAAAGUGUGAGUGUGGAAGCCGCGUCAUUGGGACAAUCUGCCAAUUGAUGUGUGGGUGUGGGUGUGGGUGUGGGUGUGUGUGUGUGUGUGUGUGUGUGUGUGUGUGUGUGUGUGUGUGUGUGUGUGUGUGUGUGUGUGUGUGUGUGUGUGCGCGUGCUUGUGUGAAAGAAAGCAACAAUGCGUGAGUGUGACAGCACACAAGCACUUCCUGAUUGAGCAGCUGUGGGAUCAGAAGGAGAGAAAUGUCGCUCCGCAGACAGAAAACAAACUAAAACCACAGAUUUUUAAAGCAAGUGUCAGAAGAUUAAUUUUGUAUGAGAACAUGCUGAAGUAUCAACAUAUUGGCUUUCAAGACUAAGUGAUUAUUUUAGGCAUUUAUGUUGAGAUGGUGUUGCAAACAGAAAAGCAGGAAAUAUAUUUUUGAACAUAUAAAUCACUUUAUUUGGUUUAUUGAGGAUAAUAAAAUGUGGAUUACAGAGAACUACAUGAAAUUUAUAAAUCAAAGCAUAAGAAUCAGCAAACAUGAAAUCCAAAGUAAAGUAAAAAAAAAAACCUCCAAAACAUUAUUUUAAACUGUUGGCUUUAAAAGGGUGUUUUGUUUACAUCAUCAUUGUAUCAUUAACACCUUCACCAAAUUACUGAUGAUGUUCACCAUCCUGCUGAUGUUAACUAAGCAGCUUCUGCUGGUCCCUGACUCGGCAUGUGGAAAGCAGAGGUGGAGGUUGCAGCGGGUCAGUUCCAUCAAUAAUGUCACCUUUUUAUGAACAAAGUGAUAAAUCGUUCAAUAUUAUCAUCUUCAAAGUCUUGAUAUCCAUUAAGACGGCAUCAGUGUGGCGUCUCCUCUGGAAUGCACCAAGUUAGUUUUUAAUUCUUUUGGUCUCAAAUGUUUGCACUGAUGGACCAUUAAGUUACAUCGAGUCAUGUUUCACAUGAACUCAGCUGACGUUUCCAUAGGAAAAUCUUAGAAAGAUAGAAGCAAUAUUUCCACGACAGAAUGCCUUUUUUUGCAUGUGUGCUUUAAAACCUGUAAUUCGACUGACUUUAAGAAGUUAUUGUAAACUGUUUUUUUUAUUGUGAUUAAAAGAGAUGACAAACAUAUGGAGUAUAUAAAAAACUGUUUAUAAUUAAAUGUUAGGACCAUAUAAAAAUCCCAAACUUGAUUACCGGUAUAUUUAUGAUAGAAAGUCAAGCAAAGUCCUUCAGUUUUAUCAGAAAUAUGUCAGUUUCAAACAUAAUGCAAAUAUAGUUGGAUUUGCUUUCUGGUUUCAUCCAUUAUUUCACAGUUAAUGUGUAUAAAAUCUUUUCACCAAAACACAAUUUAAAAAGAACUGUUGACUUGUAAAACUGAAUCAGAUUUUUAGAAAUUAAUUGUCUUUGUCAUUCAGUCUUGGAAACCAAAAUGUACUUGGAACAAGGACGUACAGACAAAUUUCAAAGAUUGUUUAAGCCAAAAAAAAGUUGCCAUUAAUGUUAAAGGGCAAAGUGUUGCUUCUCAUUGUCCAUCAUAAUAAGUAAUAUGGUCCUACUUGGGGAACUGUAAAUUCCAUGUGAAAUGUGAUUCCUCAAACCAUCGUGUGGUUCUCUCAGACCCGACCAGAGUCGUCCAAACUCUGUUUGUUUACAGUGAAGGGCAGCCGAACUGCAGGCGGCCAAUGCUGAGGUCAACAGAACUGAUGAAGUGGAGUGUUUUUAUGUCCAGUACACUGCCUGCUCUUUUUUAUUAGUUUAGAUUUAUAUUUAAUUCAUAUCUUGAUAAUGAAUGAAAUUGCCUUUUUGAAAUAAUAAAAUGUUUUUUUUUUUU